AUGUUAUCGGAUUCAGAUAUAAAUACAGAUUGCUUUGGUGGGGAGUUAGAGAAGUUGCUAUCUUUGUGGGGGAAGAGCAUGAAAGACUUUUCAGAAAUGCUAAUUCCAGACGAAACUAGCAUAUGUUUGAGUGAAAACAUGUUGAUAACUGAAGAGUUAGCAUAUGACAAGGAACCGUUGAAGACAAAACAUAAAACAUUGGUAACACAAUUGACCGACGAGCAAAUGAAUGUUUACGGCUCUAUGAUGAAUGAUAUUUAUUCCAAUGGAGGUGGAUUGUUCUUUGUGUAUGGUUACGGAAGAACAUGCAAGAUGUUCGUGCGGAGAACGUUAUCGUCAAAGAUAAGGAGCCACGAUGAUAUUGUUCUAAAUGUUGUUUCUAGUGGAAUAGCAUCUUUGCUCUUGGCCAGGAGGCAGGAUAGUGCAUUCCAGAUUUCCUAUACCACUUUGACCUUGUUGAGCUUAUAA